CUCCAAAAAGGAUUUUCUUACCGCUUCAACGCCGUUCUUGCCGCUUUUAUUGUUCUGGUCUCGGCGAAACGUCUCAAAAUCUCGUCUCUGUCUGUCUCUCUCUUCUGUAUCGAUUUGAAUCCAGUGAUGGGGGGCUCUCACAGUCGCGAAGGUUUGGAGCUCUCCGAUUACGACACCGAGUCGGAAGAAGACGAGUCGGGAACGGAAGAAGAAGAGUCUCCGGUGUCGACCGCUACUCCCUCCGGCCGUAGCACUGCCGGAAACCUGAAGCCGGACACCCCGGCCUCUGUCGAUGAUCUCGACUCGAAGCUACAGUCUCUUAAGCUCAAAUACUGUAAUUCCCCUUCAUCGUCCACUCCAACCAAAAACCCUAACGUCAAGAACGGGGUCAAGCUCUACCUGCACAUCGGCGGCAGCUUGCCUUCUGCGAAGUGGAUUAUCUCCGAGAAGUUGGUGACCUACUCCUUCGUGAGGCCUUCCUCCUCCCCCUACUCUUCUGCUUACGAUGAGGACUUGGAUGUUGCGGACGCGGAGGGUAAACUGGCUGGCUCCUCCUCUCCUUGGUUUUUAAAGAUCGGGUCCAAGGUGCGGGUUAGGGUUGGGCCUGAAAUGCAAAUGAAAACGUUUCCUGACCAGAAGCGGGUUGAUUUUGUUGCCGAUGGAGUUUGGGCUAUGAAAUUCUCUACUUCAGAGGCUUACAGUGUUUUCCAGAAUGAGUACCAGAGGUGUGUUUUUGAGAACGUCUAUGGAUUCGAGGCCAAUGAGGAGAAUACGGUUAAGGUUUUCGGGAAGGAUUUCAUGGCAUGGGCAAAGCCGGAUUCAGCUGAUGAUUCCAUUUGGGAGGAUGCGGUUGAUAGCUUGGAUAAACCACCUGUACAUGCCUCUCCGUUGAAGCAGAACCAGUCGUUGCUUGAUGAGUUUGAGGAAGCAGUUGAUGAAGGUGGAAUACAGAGCCUUGCCCUUGGAGCUCUUGAUAACAGUUUCCUUGUGGGUGAUUCUGGUAUCCAGGUGGUAAGGAACUUUAAUCAUGGAAUACAUGGGAAAGGUGUUUCGGUGAGAAUUUCUGGUCAUGGGAAUAACUAUCCCGCUCCUAAGAGGGCUCUUCUGAUGAGAGGCGAGUCCAACAUGCUGUUGAUGAAUCAAGGUAAUUCUGCAAAACCUCAUGCUGGUGGAGUAGAUCAGCUUGAUAUUGAGACAGGAAAGAUUGUGGCAGAAUGGAAGUUUGAGAAGGAUGGAACUGAUAUUACCAUGAGGGACAUCACAAAUGAUAGCAAGGGUUCACAACUGGAUCCAUCUGAAUCAACAUUUUUGGGACUCGAUGAUAACAGGCUAUGCCAAUGGGAUAUGAGGGAUAGGAGAGGGAUGGUCCAAAAUAUAGCAAACUCAAUGGAAUCACCAGUGUUGCAGUGGUCGCAGGGGCAUCAGUUUGCGAGGGGCACUAAUUUUCAAUGCUUUGCAACAACCGGUGAUGGUUCGAUUGUUGUUGGGUCUCUUGAUGGCAAGAUCCGGCUGUAUUCAAAGAGUUCUAUGAGAAUGGCGAAGACUGCUUUCCCUGGUCUUGGAUCCCCUAUCACUCAUGUGGAUGUUACAUUUGAUGGGAAGUGGGUCCUUGGAACUACAGACACAUAUCUGAUACUUAUAUGCACUAUUUUUAAAGACAAGGAUGGGAGAGAGAAGACUGGUUUUAGUGGAAGAAUGGGGAACAGGAUUGCAUCCCCUAGAUUGUUGAAGCUCACUCCAUUGGAUUCACAUUUGGCUGGCAAAAAUAAGUUUCAGAAGGGGCAGUUCUCAUGGGUGACCGAGAAUGGGAAGCAGGAGAGGCAUCUUGUUGCAACAGUUGGAAAAUUCAGCGUAAUCUGGAACUUCCUCCAGGUGAAGAAGAGCGGCCAUGAAUGCUAUCGCAACCAGGAAGGCUUGAAGAGCUGCUACUGCUACCGCAUUGUUCCCAAGGAUGAAUCCAUUGUCGAUAGCCGUUUUAUGCAUGAGAAAUUCGCUGGAACUGACUCGCCGGACGCUCCGCUGGUGGUUGCCACUCCCAUGAAGGUUAGCUCCUUCAGCAUCUCCGGCCACCGCUGAUCUCUAAUUACUGUUUAAUCAAUCCUUCUUACUGGUCGGAUUUCUGCUAUGUUUUUGCGUUUGAUAACCUUUGAAUUCGUUUGUUUUUUUUAUAUAUAAAAAUUGUGUAACUUUUUUUUAGCAGCACUUCAUCGUGCUUCUUGUGGAUAUAUGUUUUUAUUUUUAUUUUUAUUGGAUUAUGAAUUAUAGCCGUUG